UCCCUUCUCAACCUUGGGUUCCCUAUCACCAGAUUUCUGUCCCCUUCUGCCUUCUAGUCCUUGUCCCUGAACUGCUGUGCCUCAUUAGUCAAACAGGGAAUACUUUUGUAAUCAGGGAAAAAGUUAUUUUUAAAAUGGCUUUUGUGUAUUGAUUUAUCUUAGAAUGCAAAACCUGCUUUUGUUUUCAGAUAGUGUUUCCUUUUUAGGAACAGAAAAACAAGUAGUUUGUGAUGUUUGUGUUCAAUUUUUGACAUGACAUAUUUGUUAUAUGACAUAUUUUGUUGAAGAACUCAUUAAAAUCACCCUAAUCGUGUUUUUACCAUUUUCAGAGUUAAAACAAUUUAAACUUGGGGAGUAAGUUAUUUGCUAUACCUGAUGGAAUCAUGUUUUUUAUAUAGAAGCUGAUGGAGAAUCAUACUGCUUUACUUACGCGUGUGCUCUGUUGAAUGACCAGUCAUUUCAUAUUGAAGAUAUGUGAUUUUUUUUUUUUCAGCUUUGGGGGGAAAAAUUGGCCUAGUUUAUUUUAACUUCUUGCAACCCUGAGCAUUGCAUAUGUCAGUAUAUUUUCUGCAUUAGAUUUUGUAUUGCUUUUUCUUUCGUGAUGAUACCUACAAAGGCUGCUGGGCUUAUGGAUUUCUCUUUCUUAUAAUUCCAUUUGUCAUACUUAAUGACUUCUCUAAAUGUUCAUUAUGUUAUUCACUUGGGAACAUCUGGUAAAGGAAAUCUCUAGUGAAAGACACUUUCUCUUGGGUAUAUGUCAUUGCUAAUACAGAGACUUGUAUUGUGUUCUGCCUCAAUUCAAUUCACAAUAAAUAGUAUUUUUGUAACUAGAAUUCAUGUUUAAAAGCACUGUAACAUUUUAAGGAGUUUAAAGAAAAAGAAGGAAAAUAAAUUACAAGUUGAUCUUUUAGGAGAAUUUUGGAGUACAGCUCCUCAGGUCUUUAUCACUUUCAGUAAAUAAAAUUCAGUCUUAAAAAUGUACGCAUUUCUGAGCCCAGCAGAAGACCUACUUACUUCGUGUAAAAUUGAAUUCAGUAAAAAUCCACCUUAACUUGGAUUCUGUCUUAAAACUUAUUGUAAUAAAAUUUGAUAUUAUAGAAUUUUAUUUUAAGCAAGUUUUAGGAAUACUAAAACAAAAUAAAGCACAUGGUACCUUUUAGUGCUUUUUAAACCUAAACCCAUUGAUAGUUAAUUAUAAUUUAUGAAGGUGAAUAAAUAUUUUCAUGUAUUAAAGAUAAAAAACUGGACACAUAUAUUACCUAAUAGGCUUAUAGUUUUAUCUUUAAUACAUGAAAUAAAUAAAUACAUAAAUAAAUCCUUCUGUUGAUUUUAUGGUUCUUUUUUGCUUGUCAUCUUUUGCCGUCUCUGCCUCCUGAAAAUGUGAUAAUCUUAUUUAAUCCAAAAUUAUAUUUUCCUUUGGUUUUAGUUCAUUUAUAAUUGCUUAUUUUCCUUGUAGCCUUUUGUAUCAAUAUGAUAUUACUGUAACCAGUCAAAAUAAUCCUUUUUUCUUCUUUUAUGUAUCUGAAUCAUUUUUUUAUUUAUUUAAAAAUCAGAUUUAUUUUAAAAAUCAGAUAAAUUUGGGGCCUGAAAUUUGGCAUCAUAUAUUUUAUAAUGUGGCAUCAAUAAGUUGUAGAACAUAUUUUUGCAUUUAAAAUUAAUAUAUAAAAUGAUUUAUUAGUCUCUUCAUUUAGAACUGAUUACUUGAUUGUAUUCUAGCCUCUAUGUGAUUUGUGAGGACUUAGGUAUCCUCACAAGGGUAACUCUUUUUCCAAGUCAUAAGUCUUAAGUUUAUCUCCAUUAAAGGCUUUCAAAUGUAUGCAAGGUUCAAAAGACUAUUAAAAAAAUUACUUGUUCCAGAAAUUAACCAUAUAACUUUGUUUAAAACUCUUUAAUCUUUCUGUCUUUUAGCUGCUGGAGGGUUUUUGGGGGUUGUAUAUGUAUGUGUGUAUUUAAAAAUACUUUCAAACAGGAUAAAGAAAUUUAUUCCAAAAUUUUAAUAGUAGUUGGAUUACCAAACAAGGUAAGACUUAGUACUAAAUAAAUACUUGUUGACUAAUGAAUAAAUGGGCUGUGCAGUCACAUAUGCUUUAAAGCAAAGUUAGACAACAACAUGAUCUGUUACGCUAUGUAUUCCAGUGAUUCUAACCAUUUGGAGAUGAGGGGACUUCUUGAGACUCGAAUGAAGCCAUCUCUCUUCCCGGAUUGUAAACCAUGGCUGUGUGGAUACAAGCCCAGCAACUCCAAGGAGAUGCCCUCCAUCAGAUGCAAGCAUUAUAUGGCCAGCAUUUCCCCAUCGAAGUGCGGCAUUAUUUAUCCCAGUGGAUUGAAAGCCAAGCUUGGGACUCAAUAGAUCUUGAUAAUCCACAGGAGAACAUUAAGGCCACCCAGCUCCUGGAGGGCCUGGUGCAGGAGCUGCAGAAGAAGGCCGAGCACCAAGUGGGGGAAGAUGGGUUUUUACUGAAGAUCAAGCUGGGGCACUAUGCCACACAGCUCCAGAACACGUACGACCGCUGCCCCAUGGAGCUGGUUCGAUGCAUCCGCCACAUCUUAUACAAUGAACAGAGGCUCGUCCGAGAAGCCAACAAUGGUAGUUCUCCAGCCGGGAGCCUUGCUGAUGCCAUGUCCCAGAAACACCUUCAGAUCAACCAGACAUUUGAGGAGCUGCGACUGAUCACACAGGACACAGAGAGUGAGCUGAAGAAGCUGCAGCAGACUCAAGAGUACUUUAUCAUCCAAUAUCAAGAGAGUCUGAGGAUCCAAGCUCAGUUUGCCCAGCUGGCCCAGCUGAACCCCCAGGAGCGGCUGAGCCGGGAGACGGCCCUCCAGCAGAAGCAGGUGUCACUGGAGACCUGGCUGCAGCGCGAGGCCCAGACGCUACAGCAGUACCGCGUGGAGCUGGCCGAGAAGCACCAGAAGACCCUGCAGCUGCUGCGGAAGCAGCAGACCAUCAUCCUGGACGACGAGCUGAUCCAGUGGAAGCGGCGACAGCAGCUGCUAGCCAUAGAUAGUUUUCUUUUGCAGGUUGAGGGAGUAAAUCAUGCAGCUGUUUUCUCACAAGAGUCCCGCUUCUCUCCCUCUCAGGGCAGGGUGCCAUUUGCUGUGCCGGACAAAGUGCUCUGGCCGCAGCUGUGUGAAGCACUCAACAUGAAGUUCAAGGCAGAAGUGCAGAGCAGCCGGGGCCUGACCAAGGAGAACCUCGUGUUCCUGGCACAGAAACUGUUCAACAGCAGCAGCAACCACCUGGAGGAUUACAGCAACAUGUCUGUGUCCUGGUCCCAGUUCAACAGGGAGAAUUUACCAGGACGGAAUUACACUUUCUGGCAGUGGUUUGACGGUGUGAUGGAAGUGUUAAAAAAACAUCUCAAGCCUCACUGGAAUGAUGGGGCUAUUUUGGGUUUUGUGAACAAGCAACAGGCCCAUGACCUACUCAUUAACAAGCCAGAUGGGACCUUCCUGCUGAGAUUCAGCGACUCUGAAAUUGGCGGCAUCACCAUUGCUUGGAAGUUUGACUCUCAGGAAAGAAUGUUUUGGAACCUGAUGCCUUUUACUACCAGAGACUUCUCCAUCCGGUCCCUAGCUGACCGCUUGGGGGACCUGAAUUACCUUAUCUACGUGUUUCCUGACCGGCCCAAAGACGAAGUGUACUCCAAAUAUUACACACCAGUUCCAUCUAAAGCCAUUGAUGGAUACGUGAAGCCACAGAUCAAGCAAGUGGUCCCUGAGUUUGUGAAUGCAUCUGCGGACUCUGUUGGGGGCAGCGCCACGUACAUGGACCAGGCCCCGUCCCCAGCCGUGUGCGCCCAGGCUCCCUAUAACAUGUACCCACAGAACCCUGACUCCGUCCUUGACACAGAUGGGGAUUUUGACCUGGACGACACCAUGGACGUUGCACGGCGUGUGGAGGAGCUGUUGGGCCGACCAAUGGACAGUCAGUGGAUCCCCCACGCGCAGUCAUGACCCCGUCUCUCCUUCUUCGGCUUCUCCAUUCUCGCCAGAGGAACUACUCUUGUGGAUGUUUUAAUUCCAUGAAUCGCUUCUCUUUGGAAACAAUACUCAUAAUGUGAAGUGUUAAUACUAGUUGUGACUUUAGUGUUUCUGUGCAUGGUGGCACCCGUGAAGGGAGUGUGAGAGAGAGAGAGAGUGUGUGUGUGUGUGUGUGUGUGUGUGUGUAUGUGUAUGUAAGUCUGCAUGUGGUAGCAUUUCUCCCCCUUGCUGUCCAGAGUUUAGCCGCAGCAUUGGGGCCACAAACAGAGGCUGUGCUUGUUUUUACCUUGUGCAAAAAAAGCAGUCAGUUCCAUGAACCCUGGAACUUGGACAUGUGUCUUGAGGGUGGCUGAACUUUGAGAUUUGGCUGGCCAAGUAAGAGAAGGACACAGGGAGGGGAAAGCACCUCCUCUCUGGUGAGAACUCGUCACUAUGUCUGCUGAGCAAUUGAUAUGUAAGGUGAUUGUGCUUUUCCUCUGAAAUUUACAUAACUGCCUUUUGACAGAGAAAGCCCGUCCUCCUUCCCUCUCUCUGCCCUCACCCCCACUUUCCUGGGUAGGGAUGGGGAAACGGGUGACAAUCAAAGAUUGUUGAGGCAAGGGAAGAAGUGACAGGUCUUCUGAUGGGUGGUGGCUCUUUAAAUGAAUGACACUUAACACAUUUUUGUCCUUCCUUCCCUCCUUCCUCUCUCUCCUUCUCUCUGUCCCUCCCUCUCUGUCUGUUGGUGGAAUUACCACUCAGUCCCCAUACCUGCACAAAUGUGCAGACAUGUUUAA